AUGUUUCCCUCUUGCUUUUUCUCACUUGGCGCUGUUCCCUUUUCUCUUUUUUUUUCUUGGUUGAAACGAACGCUCUCCCCCAACACACAACCUCUACCAUGUUACUGGGAAUUCCGGCAGAAGAACAGGGCAGGAGACCAGAACACACUAUACUACGAUAAUUCUCAUAAACCUGAUGACAACGACUGCUUUCUUGUUCACUUAUUGUUUCCCUUCUCACCCAUCUCUUCUCAUUGUGUCCGCAUUAUGGUGUUUGGAAAAUUCUAUACCACGAACCUUUUUGCUACUGGUAACAGACCUUGAAUAUCGCAUUCACAUGAACAAAUCUGUCGAGGGAUCAAUUGGAUUAAGCCUUUUUUUU